CACAUCAAAGCACGAGAGAGAGAAGCGUCACGAAACUUUGCAUUAUUACUAAAAGUUCAAGAUUUCUGCUAACACAGAGCAUAUCAACUUUUGAAAAAUGAGAUUUCCAAGGAAGUAUUACUUUAUACUUGAGGAUCGUCAUGUAGCAGUCAUGCAGGCCGUUUAUGAUCUGAUUAUAGGCAUUCCUUUGAUGAUGGCGACAGCUAUGCUUAUAAUUAUAGACCAGAACAAUCCUGAAAUAAAGGCCAAAAUCAUAAAAUGCUUUAGCAACGACGAGGAGGCUGAAAUGCCAAAUCUUGGAUAUGAUAUGUUCAUCCAUGGAUCGAUAAAGAUAUUGGUUGAUAUAUUAAUGUCAAUAGCUGUCCUCAAGAAAAAAUGCAGAGUGCUUAUCCUGCCCUGGCUCAUAUACGGCAUCGUGGAAGUUUUAGGGAAUUUCUAUGUUUAUUCCAUCUUCACUCCUGCUUUACACACCCUUGGAGGUGCCCAGGUGGUAACAAUUUUCUAUGCCACUAUUACAUGUCUCGUUGUAUUCUUUGUGUACCACUAUUGCGCUGUGCUCUCAUGCUACCAUCAAAUGGGAAAAACCGUCAUCGGCCGAGAAGCAGAGGAAUUGCAAGCAAUGCAUGCAGGGGAAUCAUACCGUGAAAACAAAUAGCAAAUUUAUGUUCAUGAUAUAUUUUAAAAUUAUAUUUUUAAAUAAAAAUUCAUUUAUGGUUUCCUAUUCAUAUUAUCGCAUGUCCAGGUAAUACUGUUUUCUAAAAAUAUUUUAACAACUCACGCUACUGUUGAGUCUUUUCCAGUAUAUUUUUUUAUUACUUCAUUCCCAAAAGUCAAAUUAAAUUUGCCAAAUUGUCUCAACGUCAUAGAUUUUUAUUUAAUUUGCAUCGCUUUUAAAGCUCUUCAUGCUGAAUAAAUAUGGUACUGGACAAUAUUUACUUAAACAAUUUUAUUGUUUACUUUGAAAAAUCUGUGAGCUUUGGUAAGGCUGCUUUGAGUAUUUAUAUAUAGUUAUUAGUUUUUUGUUACAACGGGUAAUUCCUAUAUUGUGUAAAUUGAAGAGUAAUUUAUAUAUUUUUCUGUAUAAUAUAAAGUGUGGCUGCAAAUUAAAUUGUAAAUUAAAAUAAUUUUCAUCCGUUAUAUUAAAA